UACAUAUCUAUUCCUCCAAUUUACUAUUCUAAAAUAUCACCAAUUUUACUGUUUUUUCUGCUUCGUCGUUUUCUCACGCAACAAUGGACACGAAGAUAGGCUCGUUGGACACUUGUGCGUCCCCCACGUGUACCGAAGUCGGCAGCCUCCCUUCCAAUGGCGCCGUUUCCACCAUCCAGUGCUCCGCCGUGGCGAUCAACUCCGCCGAGGCCACUCUCGGCCGCCACCUGGCCCGCCGCCUAGUGCAGAUCGGCGUCAGCGACGUCUUCUCCGUCCCCGGUGACUUCAACUUGACGCUUCUCGACCACCUCAUUGCCGAGCCGGGGCUCAACUUGAUCGGCUGCUGCAACGAGCUCAACGCCGGCUACGCCGCCGACGGUUACGCCAGGUCUCGAGGUGUCGGCGCAUGCGUCGUCACGUUCACUGUCGGUGGUUUGAGUGUCAUCAACGCGAUCGCCGGCGCCUACAGCGAGAAUCUUCCGGUGAUCUGUAUUGUCGGAGGUCCGAAUUCGAACGACUACGGUACGAACCGGAUCCUGCACCACACUAUCGGGUUACCCGAUUUCAGCCAGGAGCUACGCUGCUUCCAGACCGUCACUUGCUAUCAGGCGGUGGUGAAUAACUUGGAGGAUGCACAUGAAUUGAUAGAUACAGCGAUUUCAACAGCGUUAAAAGAGAGUAAACCAGUGUACAUUAGCAUCGGCUGUAAUUUGCCGGCGAUUCCGCAUCCAACUUUUAGUCGUGAGCCUGUCCCCUUUGCCCUCUCCCCAAAAUUGACCAAUAAAAUGGGCCUGGAAGCAGCAGUGGAGGCAACAGUCGAGUUCCUGAACAAGGCCGUGAAACCAGUGUUGGUCGGAGGACCGAAACUGCGUGUUGCAAAAGCGUGCAAUGCCUUUGUCGAACUGGCCGAUGCUUGUGGCUAUGCACUUGCAGUUAUGCCAUCAGCCAAGGGACUAGUCCCCGAGCACCACCCCCGUUUCAUAGGUACCUACUGGGGGGCUGUAAGCACUGCCUUCUGUGCAGAAAUUGUGGAAUCUGCUGAUGCUUAUCUCUUUGCUGGACCCAUAUUCAACGACUAUAGCUCGGUUGGGUACUCUCUGCUUCUCAAGAAAGAGAAGGCCAUUAUCGUGCAGCCUGAUCGUGUGAUUAUUGGCAAUGGGCCGGCUUUUGGAUGUAUUCUCAUGAAGGAUUUCUUAACUGCUCUUGCGAAACGGCUCAAUCGUAAUACAACUGCUUACGAGAAUUAUCAUAGGAUUUAUGUUCCUGAAGGGCAUCCUCUGAAAAGCGAGCCGAAAGAGGCGUUGAGGGUGAAUGUUCUGUUUCAGCACAUUCAGAAGAUGUUGUCUGCUGAGACAGCUGUCAUCGCCGAGACUGGAGACUCGUGGUUUAAUUGCCAGAAGCUGAAAUUGCCACAGGGAUGCGGGUAUGAGUUCCAGAUGCAAUAUGGAUCAAUUGGUUGGUCAGUUGGUGCAACUCUGGGUUAUGCACAGGCUGUACCAGAGAAGCGAGUGAUUGCUUGCAUUGGAGACGGCAGCUUUCAGGUUACAGUUCAAGAUGUGUCGACUAUGCUUCGAUGUGGGCAGAAAACUAUCAUCUUCUUGAUAAACAACUGUGGUUACACGAUCGAGGUGGAGAUUCACGAUGGGCCUUACAACGUGAUCAAGAACUGGAACUAUACUGCAUUGGUUGAUGCAAUUCAUAACGGUGAAGGCAAUUGCUGGACCACUAAGGUCCGAUGUGAAGAAGAGCUUAUCGAAGCAAUCGAGACUGCUACAGGAGCCAAGAAAGACUGCUUGUGUUUCAUAGAAGUGAUUGUUCACAAAGACGACACGAGCAAAGAACUGCUUGAAUGGGGAUCCAGGGUUUCUGCUGCUAACGGCCGUCCACCAAACCCUCAGUAGAUUCUGUUAAAUAUGCUGAAAGUGUAUUAAAAUUUGUCCCAUUAAAACUUGUUUGGUAAUAAGCUGUAUUUCCUUCAAACAGUGUUUCAUUAAUUAGAGAGUUUCUUGUGUUUGAAAAAAAUAUUUUGUCACACUUUAAUUUUUGGCAUUAGCGGUAACAAUAAUUGGUCGUCCGUGGAAAUCCUCGUGUUGCACUUAAGUUAAAAAAAAGCUAUGUCGGAAAGUUUGUCCUGCUUAAUUUGGAUUUAUAAUUUUACUUGA